AAUAGAAAGUCAGAUGGAUGCCGGCCGCCCAUGUCAUUGAUGUUCACACAGCUCACUACUCCGGUAGUAACUAUUUCAAGUUCCCUCUGUCCCCAUCAGUUCCUUGACUUAUAUAUGCUGUGCGCACUGCGGAACCAUUAGACCGCACUUGUGCAAGCCCUCUUCUUCACAUGUUCGCCCUACUGAGUUUUCUACUUAGUUUUUUUAAAACGGGCGAUGCACCCGGAGAGAGCUUAUCUUCUCCGAGCGUGCCAGCCUCCAGCAACGAGACUGUGGGGCUCGAUGCAGUCCCAGACGAAUCUUUCCGCACGAGUAGGCCAGACAUCGUUGGGCCAGACGCUCCAGACGCCCCGUUUCCAAUUAAAUUGUCAGGUCCUGUGCAGCACGGAUUCGGCAGAGGGGGCAAAGAUCUUGGAUGUCCAACUGCGAAUCUUCCUGACGAUUCCCUCCCACCCAUGAUUGAUGCUGCAAAGACAGGAGUCUACUACGGUUACGCUCAGGUUACCCCUUCUGAGGGAACACCAUCAUCCUUAUCUGACCAAGACGUAUGCGUCUUGCCCAUGGUCAUGAGCUUUGGGUGGAAUCCUUUUUACAAGAACGAGCGCAUGACUGCGGAAAUUCACAUAAUGCACGAGUUUAAGACCGAUUUUUAUGGAUAUGAUAUGAAGGCUUUGGUUUUGGGAUACAUCCGUCCGGAACUGCAUUACACUUCACGGGAAGCACUUAUAGAGGACAUAGAAUUUGACAAGAAGGUCGCACUCAAGUCAAUGGCAAGACCAGGGUACCAGAAGUAUAUGUCGGACCCUUUCUUCACGGCCUAGGCACCCUGUUCCGAAUGGAAUGGAUGUUAUAUAACCCUAACACAUACCACCAAUGGCGCACAAGGUAUUUAGAGCGCUACACAGUAAAUGAUUGUAACACAUAGGAGGCUUGCCAGUGGGCGCUGACAUGCAUUGCGCUGUAGAGCAACAAUAGAUGAUACUGCCGUUGAUUGGCUAGAUACCGUGGAGAUCUGACUCCCUAUCUGUAAUGAAGAAAGACUAGUGGAUUACAGAUGCGCAAACUCAUAAAACUCUGCUUGUGAGUGCGUGCUGCGAGUGACUGU